UUGGAUUUCUCGAUUUCACCGCCGCACAUUCGAUCACGAUGGAUCGCCUGCAACGACUCUUCGGCAACCUUCCUGGCAUGCAAGGCCAUGGUAUGGGCGGAGCGAACGACAGCCCUGCCGUGGACACUGCCGAAAAGGUGCACAUUUCGUCGCUGGCGCUAUUGAAAAUGCUCAAGCACGGUCGCGCGGGCGUUCCCAUGGAAGUGAUGGGCCUCAUGCUCGGGGAGUUUGUUGACGACUACACUGUGGUGUGUCUGGAUGUGUUUGCAAUGCCUCAGAGCGGGACGGGGGUCAGUGUCGAAGCUGUGGACCCUGUUUUCCAGACCAAGAUGCUGGACAUGCUCAAGCAGACUGGACGUGCCGAAAUGGUUGUGGGGUGGUAUCACAGUCAUCCAGGGUUCGGCUGUUGGUUGAGUGGUGUCGACAUCAACACGCAGCAAUCAUUUGAAGCGCUGAACGCCCGCGCCGUGAGUAUCGUCGUGGACCCGAUUCAGUCGGUGAAAGGCAAGGUCGUCAUUGAUGCGUUUCGCUUGAUCAACCCGCAGCUCAUGAUGUUGGGCCAAGAGCCGCGCCAAACGACGUCGAACAUCGGCCACUUGAACAAACCGAGCAUCCAGGCGCUAAUUCACGGGCUCAACCGACACUACUACUCGAUCGCGAUCGACUACCGCAAGAACGAGUUGGAGGAGCAAAUGCUGAUGAACCUUCACAAAAACACGUGGAGCGACGGCCUCGUUCUGACCGAAUUCGAAGCCCACUCGGCAAAAAAUGAAGAAAUGGUGACAUCUAUGCUCAAGCUGACCAAGCAGUACAACGAACGCGUCCAAGAGGAGGAAGAGAAGACGGCAGACGAGCUCAUCGUGUCGAACGUGGGCAAGAUCGACCCGAAGAAGCACCUCGAAACGGACGUGUACGAUCUCAUGGCACUCAAUACCGUCCAGUGCCUCGGCGCAAUGUUGGACACGAUUGUGUUCUAAUGCCACAAUCAAUCGACCUUUAUGACGUUCAACCCAAUCUAGCUUGUCCGUUUUCAGAGACAACGUACAACAGGACUCGUUCACAUCGGUGAGUUCAAUACUUCAGGAGCUCAGCUGCCGCAUGCUUGUGGCCAUGAUCUCGCACCAGAUCAGUUGAUGCUCACCGUACAGGAUUGACGAUAUAUCCGCCGUGAUUAUCCACGAGCUACAAGUCACGUAGCGAGGUAGAACGAGCGAGAAUGGCAUUGAAGGCGCAACGCAGCAUGAAUAUAAUUCCAGGACCUGGAGAAUGUGCUGGCUGGAGCAAAGGCCCCCGAAUUG